UAGCUCGGCUUAACACUUAUUGUUAGCAACUUUUUAGAAAUCUCAAAUGUUACGUACAAUUUAACAAUUUAUAUUUUUUUUUCAAUAUUUGAAGUGACAACAAACAAUGUUGCACGUCGACUGCUAUGAAGAUCAUUUAUAAUUUGCACAAUUAUGUACAUUCACAUAAACCUGUAACAAUUAAGCUGAACCAAGUCGAGUGAUGACGAGUCAAGUCAUUUAAAUGUGACAAAAAUUAAAGAAUGGAUGUUACGGAUAACGUCGACGAAGCUUUAGAUCCCCGUAUACAGAUUGAAUUGGAGAACUUAAAUGAUGCCACAGAUGACAUAAAUAAACUUGAAACUGAAUUAGGUGAAGCUCACACUGCUUUUAGGCAAUUAUUAUCAGAAACUACCAAAAGAUUAAAAGAAAUAUUAAAUAAAAUAGGAAAUAGUUCUGUUGAGAAAGCAAGAUGUUAUUAUGAAGCACUUGAAAUAGCGCGCCAAGCUCAGAUAAAAUGUCAACAACAAGCUCAAUUAUUUCAAAGAGCAAGCGAAAUCCAUGCAGCAGCAAAAGAAACGGUGGCAUUGGCUGAAAGUAGAUUUGUGUCGCAUCAACAUGAAUGGAAUUUUGAUCAAGCUUGGCAAGAUAUGCUAAAUCAUGCAACGCUUAAAGUCAUGGAUGCUGAAAAUCAAAAAGCAGAGUGUGGCAGAGAACAUUACAGAAGAGCGGUACUGUUUCAUGACGCUGAAAAAAAACUGUUGCAAUUGGAGGAAAAACAUCGCCGUUCUAUAAUAAAAGCACGACCAUAUUUCGAACUUAAAGCACAUUGUGACCAAAUGUUGGCAACUCAAAAAGAACGAGUCGAAUGUUUACAGAAAGCAAUACAAGAUGCAAAGACUAAUUAUGCUGCAAGUCUUCGUAGACUAGAAGAAAUUAGUAAUCAAAUACAUCAACAACGUCGAGAUUAUGAUUUUAUAGCUAAUGGACCCCGAGAACCAGGUGUUGGUGCAGAAUUAGUUAGUCCACAAAAGAUUUCAAAUUAUAAUGUAGAAUUUAACCAAUUAAAUGGCAAUAAAAUAAAGGAUUCCAUGAAUAAUCAACUGAAGAAGUAUAAUAGAAUGCAAGAUUAUAAUAAUAUUUGUCAAUUACAAGAAGAUACUGAAACUCUUGGAAAAAGGUCAGUUGAUGGAAGCGAAGCAAUAUCGUCGCAAUGGGAAUUCGAACUAGGAGCUAACAUAGGAAAUUUGAAUAAUAAUUUAACCAUCGAUAAUUCGGUACUUGAUGGUGAUAAAAAUAAAAGUACGUCCGAUUUACAAUUUUACAGUGAUGAAAAUGCAAAAUCAAAUAAUUUCAUACAAGAAUUAAAUUAUAAAUUUUUGCAUGAUAAAGAUCACUUUAUGCAAAAUUUAAAUCAGUCGAAAAAAUUAUUAAAAGAUCUUCAAAUGUUGAAAAGUUCAUUUGUAAAUAAGCCUUUGACGACAUAUUUUGAAGAAUCAAAUUCAGUAAAAAGUGAAAUUAUUGAUUCAGUAAUGUUAAACAAACACAAAAGUAAUUUAAAAAAUAAUGUAUCAAAGUCUUUAAAUAAUACUCCUACAAAAACAAAUAUACUUACUUUAGGCCCGAAAGUUACAGAAAAGGGUAUACGUCAAAGUAUAGCAAAAUAUGUGCCAAAUAAUAUUUUCAAUUUUGGUUUUAGUAAUAACAAAUCUCAAAGUAAUAGCAAUGUUUUUUUAUCUUUAAAUCUUGAUACUAGUUCCAUAGAAAAACAUCAAAGUUUAUGUAAUAUUGUAGAUCAUAAGACUGAGAAUUUCAAAUUUGACGAUAUUACAGAUUUAAAAUAUAAUACGUUUAAGACAAAAAAAACUAAUGAUAAUGGCCUAAACGUUACAAAACAAGUUCAUGAUGCACAAUUAAAUAGCUUAAGCAAAAUAAAUUUACAAUCGAUGUCUAAUUCUACACAAUUCUUAUCUCCUAGUGCCAGUUCUCUAAUAAAAGUAAAAUCGGUUGUAAAUUUAUCGAGUGAAAAUUGUUUGAAUAGAAAUUUAACUGGUCGUAGUGAAUCUCCUGUUUCAGAAUCGAAAAAAAAACAAUUAAAUAUUAACGAAUUACCAUUGUUAUCACUAUUUGAGAAAGAUAAUUCGUUUGUUAAUAGUAGAAAUAAAAGUUUGAGUAUGAUUAACUUAGAUGAAAAACAAAAUUUUAUGUGGUCAGAUGACUUACGUUUAAAUCACAAAAAAACCUCAAGUGUAGGAAAAUUAGUAAAUUUGAAAGAUGAUUUGUUUUUCAAGUCUACAAAAUAAAGAAUAAAAGUUACAAUCGAAUUAAACAUAUGUGAUAUAUUGCAAAUCUCAUAAUUUUCUUUAUAUGUUUAAGUAAUUUUAUAAAUGAAAAAUUGUGCUAUUUUUUGUUUUCAGUUAUAUACAAAUUCAGUAAUAUUCAUUGUAUAAAUUUUGUUUGAUAUAUACCUAAUAGAAUACGUAAAUAUGAAUUGUAAAUGUGAAUGUGAAUAUGGAAAAAAAUUGUUUAAAAAUUAGGUUUUAGUAGUGCAGAAUGUAUGCAAGUCUCGUGCAUAUCAAAUAUACUAACUGAGUUUGAAAUUUUAUAAUGUAUA